GUUGAAAUCUGUUUCAUGUACCGAUAAAUUGAGAUGGUAGCUUUCGUAUAACUAGUGUGAUUAUGGAUAUUGUAAAUACCGGAUAUGUGGUAUAUUUGCUUGGAAUAUACUUCUUGUUGUUGGCGUUAAAGCCCAGUUCCGCGAUCUCUAUGCGCAAGAUCUACACGCUGCACGCGGACGCCGGGACUUGGAACGAGGCAAAACAAGUAUGCGAGACCAAUCUCGGACGUCUGCUGAAACUAAAGGGAAUCAAGGAACUGGAAGAAUUACUGUUCCUAGAUUCGACAGAGAGCGAGUCUGGAUGGAAUGGACGCUUGAACGGAUUUCUAUCUACAAACGGUGUCUGGACGGGCCUACACCAGCCGUAUGUCGGCGUCGGCGGGAAUGCCAGUUGGGAGUACGAUGACUGCGAGCCCCAGAGUGCCGAUCUGUCGGUGUCGUCGACGAAUGGUUCUCACUGCGGUGCCCUACUUGGUACCAGCUUGGCGGUCACCGGGGUCGCGUGCUCCUCGCGGCGCCCGUUCGUCUGCGAGCGAUACAUAGGGGACUGCUGGUUCCAGCCGUACCCUAAGCAGAUGGGCAUGAUACAGUCCGCACAGGACGUGCAGGUCCUGGAUCCCGGUCUUACAUUGAGCGACUGUGCCGUCACUUGUAGAAACACGCUGCACCAUGGAAGCGAGUGUUGGGGUUUUUACUACACGCGGGAGACGGACAGCUGCUUCCUCCUGUGUCCCAACAUGACCGCAGUCUCCUCGAGAUUCGAACGCGCAGCCCACCGGAUCCCGUACGGGGGGCCAGAGGAGGACUGGGUGUUCUACGUCAGACGCUGCUUUGAGGGUACGGUCGACAAUAACCCCUCUAGCGUAACCGUAGACUCGACCGCCCUUCCGGUCACCAAGUGUACAACGGAGGUGUUCAAUGGGAAUGAUACCGCGGGCGAGGUCUGUUUCUGCACAACCCAACAGCGGCCGGUCAUCCCGCCCUCUAUCACGAGCGAGGAAGCGGCGGCCCGAUACGCUGAGGAACUGUCGCUCGACGCGCGAAACACAAGCGCCAACUUCCGGUCCAAGAAUAGCGCUGUGGACAACCGCCCUAUGGCGGUGGGCAUGGGAGCCACACUCGGCGCAGGCCUGUUGGCGUUUGUGUUCGGAGCGGUGUUUCUAAUGGACCUUCCGGUAUUGUACAGAACUCUUAAAGAGCGGUUGUGCUGCAAACCGAAAGUGAGGGCGCGAGAGUCGCGUGCAUGAUCUGACGUUUAAAGAAUUACGUCGUCGUGGACUUACGCUAGCAUGCUAUGACGUUGAACGUAGUGUGACAGAACAUUGUGUGUACGAGCAGGACUACCUUUAUGUUCACGAACCCAUACGCAUUUGACUUUGAAUUAAACGGAAAUAUUACUAGUAUUCACUGAAAGCUCACAACAAAUAUUUAAAUAUAAUUAUAACC